GGAAAAAAAUGUGUGUACCUCAAAUAAAACAGUGAAAAUAGCCAGUUUUCGUUUAGAAAAUUGCGUGAAAUUUACGUAAACUAAGACCACAAAGCCACCGGAAGUGCUGCAGCAAAAUCCGAGACUCUCAGGAAGCAGCAGCAGCAGUCCUCCGCCCCCACAAGAAAAAAGAGAAGAACACACCACCCCUAUUUAUGAUUAUCGUCCUGCUGCUGCUGUUCCAAUCGCUGUGCCUCUACUGCCAACGUCUGGUGCUCUACGUCCACGACCGAUGCUUCCCGAGGAACGUGCGCCUGCUGCAGGAGGUGGCCGAAACGGUGGGCGAUCGUAAGGCGCCGCAGCGCCUGGCGGAGCAGCAGUUGGAGCAACAGAAGCGCAGCCAGAAGCGGCGCAUCCUCGAACCAAUCCUUCCCCUCGUGGGUGGCCUCAAUUCCGAAGCCUGUCGCUUUUGUGCACACAGUCGGCAGGGCUACUGUCGCCACCAUUUCCAUCUGCAGGAGCUGCAGCUGCACAAGCAGAGGGGCUCCGGCGGUGAGCAGGAUUUCCGUCAGAUACGUCGGAUCAAGCGGGAGCUAAAACGUAGUCUUGGCCAGCAGCAGCAGCAGCUGCAGCCGGCGAGGAGCUACCGUCCAGUCCGACUAAGUUCCAGCUGGAGCAGCAGUUCCCUGAGCAGUGGUUACGCUUCACUGACCAGCGUUGGAUCCCAGGAGCUGGAGGAGGCGUCAUUGGAUCAGGAGAUAAUCGAAGACAUUCCACUGGAGGAGGAAGUAGAGCAGCAGGACCUGCCGCAGGAAGAAGUCCCACAGCAGUUACAAACCACGUACUUGUAGAUAAACGCCUCUGGGGCUUUCCCUUGAAAAGAGAACCAUCUACUUGGAGUUCAUCUGAAACAAAAGAAGACUUGCCACACACUAAACUACACCAUAAGGAUGUAUUGAGAAAAAGUUAAAACAC